AUGCAUCCGGUGCCUUCACUCGAAUUACUUACCCGGCUAUUUGGCGGUUCUUCGUGUUCGCAUCGUUUGAAACAUCGGCUUGAUAAAAGUAAUCGUCGUGCGUUUUUCAUCGUUCUCAUCAUACUUCUGUUAUUUCGCGGCGAAUCAACUCUAUUUGUUAAUCGGAGACCUCCAUUUGACAUCUUCACGGUUGCGCAGAGUUUUGCUGAUUUGACAGAAAAGUUGAGUUCCCUGUUGAUACAAAUGGACGUUUGUUCUCACAUCAGUUUCCCAGUUAAUGAUGUUAGUAGCAGCAUUCAUGGAUUCUGUUUGGAUCCAACCUUUGAGUCCACAUAUGGACUUGCGGGUGGUUUUUCUGUGGAUGAACUUGCAUUUGGAGCAACUAAGUUUCUGAAUAUCCAAGAUGACAUCGACAUACAAGGAGUUUCAAGUUCAAAUACUCCAUUUCCUCCUAAGGAUUUGAAGCCUGUAUCUGCCAUGAAAGGCAGCCGUGAGAAACGUGGAGUGGAUCCACCCAAGAAGUUGAGCGUGAAGUGGGCCCCGGAUGUGUAUGAUCCGGUUCCCUCUUUGCCAUCGGAUACAGUAAUAAGUAGGCCACGUAAGCAGCAUGGUAAAAAGAAGGGGACGAGUAGUAGUGAAAGUAAAUCAUCACGAGGGAGUAAAAGUAAAGGGAAAGACAAGAAGCAUCGUAAAAGAAGUGGGAAAUCUUAUGACUUGGAUUUUUGAUUUGUGUAAAAGUGAAGAGAAUGACUCACAUCCCUUUGUAUGUAUAUUAGUAAUAAACUAUAGAAUGCAAAACAUCAAAGACGUUAAAAAUUGCUAAGGAUACCAUGAACAAGAUGAUGUUGUAUUUUUUUUUUCUUUUUUUUUUUUGCCAUGUAGGAUGACAUGUACAUGCCAAAUCAUCAAGGCAACCGGUAUACCGUAUACCUAGG